UGGAGGGAAUAGGGGUCUGAAAUUAUAAUGGGAAUGGAUGGCUCUUCAUUUGGUUGGGAAGAGUUUUAUUCCGAUUUUGAGAUGGAAUGAAAAUGGUUCAAUCUUUUUAAAAUUCGAUCUCCAUUCUCUCUUAAAAAUUUAAAUUUUUUUCCAAUUUCGACUUUAAUUUUGGAUGCGAAUUAAAUGUUGGAGGAUUUUGAUUUUGAUUUCAAUCUAUUCCGAUUUUAGUUCUGAUUGCAAAUCAAAUAUUAGUAGUGAAAAUAUACGAGUGCAUUUGAUCUUUACUUUUGAUCCUCUUAUUUUACUUUGUUUUUCGUGCAUGCGGGGUAGCAUACGUGAACGGAGCAUAAGAACUAGAAUAUAUACCGGCUUCUGUCCUGAACAUUUCGGUUUACUGUAGUAGUUCGACCUCGGCAGCAGAAUUGCAAGGGGCUGGCGGCUUCAAGAUAUUUCUCAGAGAACGUUAAUUGGGGUUGAAGCACUAGAUGUUGUUACUCCAUUGUUAAAUUGAGACCAGAGAUCCCGGGGAUGCCUGACAUGCGGGCUCAAGUUUGGAAACUCGUGUUAAUUGGGGUUGAAGCACUAGAUGUUGUUACUCCAUUGUUAAAUUGAGACCAGAUAUCCCGGGGAUGCCUGACAUGCGGGCUCAAGUUUGGAAACUCGUGGGAGUCUUGCUGUUGAGGACCGACUUGGUGAUCUUCUGGCCACUCAGCUAGAAAGCCAGCUUUGCGCCGUCGCCUCCGGGUACUCACGUGCGUCUCUCUUCUCCAGGCGGUAGGAGGUAUACAAGCUCAAGCCCAUGCUCAAAUUAUUAACCCCAAUGACUAUUGCCAUAAUACAGAUAUUAGUACUCUGGUCUCUUUAACCACCACCGACUUUCUCUUGCCACUUGGUCAACCCAAACCGCCGAGGAUCGUGGUGAGGGACGACCCAUUUCCAAUGGUAGAUCUCUCUCUCUCUCUCUCUCUCUCUUUCUCCCCUAUUUAGUGAUGUGGUGUUAAAUGCUUUGGAGUGCACCACCAUAAGAGUGUUCCGUGUUCGUUCACUGAAGAGAGAAGAUUGAAGAGAAUGGUUGAGGCGAGGGGCCGAGUGGUUCAGCUUGUGGUUUUGCUCCUGAUUUCCUCAUCAGCAGAGGGUGUUAAUGAAGUAGAAGAGAAGGCAAAGAGUUUGGUCAGGGAACCACCACCACCACCACCUCCUCUAUUUAUUAAGCCACCCUUCCACCUUCCACCAGUGAGGCUUCCCAUGGCCGUUGAAGGGGUGAUCUACUGCCGGUCUUGUAAGCUACGCAACUAUGAUAGGCUCCUUGAUGCAUCACCGCUUCCUGGCGCAGUUGCAGAGUUGCGGUGCAAUAACGGCAGCAGGCGUGAAUUAAAGUUAAAUGGGACGACAAAUGCUGAUGGUUACUUCCUGAUCCAGGCACCAAUGAGAAAGGUGACAACAUUUGGCUCCCACAAGUGCAAGGUGUUCCUAAUGUCAUCGCCCUUGGCAUCAUGCAACCGGCGCGGCAACCUCAGUGGAGGAGUAACAGGGGUUUAUUUGAGGUUUGAGAGGAUUAUAAAGGUUGGGCCCAACCAAUGGGCUCUCUUUGCUGCAGGCUAUUUUGAGUUUUGCCCUGCCAAAACCACGCUGUGUCCACAUUUGCCAUGAGGUAUCUCGUUUUGGAUUUAUGCAACUGAGAUCUUUGUAAUCCUAAGGUCAGAGCUCUCUUGGUUGUGAUGAAAUUAUACUUUGUUUGGCAUUUGCCGGUACAAAUGGAAUAAACAGUUAAAUGCAAAUUAAUCCAUCUGUUGCCGCUAGUCUUUUCGAUCGAUCGGAGAAGAGAUAUGGCUGGUGCUAGAUGGCGAUAGUUUGACCCGUAAAAUAAGUCUUUAACUAAAAUUGGCUCCAGUAGAGAUGCUCCGA